AUGUUCGCAACAACAAGAAGGUCGUCAGCCGUCAAGGCUCUGUACGACAGCGUCGUACAGGAGGCGGAACGCACCGCAAAGACCGGUCCUCUCGUGUCAUAUCUGCAGAAGCAGUAUCAAAAUAUCGAAAGCGCCGACUCGUCAUCGAACAAAGGCGGAUACCAUGCCUUCAUCGCGCCAUCAAAGACGGCAGCAGAGAUUCAACAGCAGAAUCUCGAAAACCUGCAUGUCUUCCUGCAAAACAAGGCAUUGCAUUCAGAACUUCUGCAGCGAUACAACCCCACAACCGACAUGACCGAAGAAGAGCGUGUCCGUCUCACCGCACGUCGUGUAGGCCUAGACGUACCUAUCACCUACGACUCCGCCUCUGAAGCCUCCUCCGCCACCGCUAACAACUGCAGGGAAAGUGCACAGAUCGCUCAGGACCAAUACAAGCAGGACAAGGACAAUCGCGAAGGUCAGCUGUAUUCUGGUAAAGGUGACGGUAGCAAUGUCGGUGGUCCGCUACGACCGCCCGGUUCCAAAGAGUAG